UCGUCGUCGUCGUCAUCAUUACCAUCCUCAGAGCUUAAUCAAGCCACGCGAUGUCCGUUCUUCCCCUUUGCUUCCUGCCAGGCCAGCCAGGCGAGAGGCAGAGGCGAGUGACGUCCCGGGGGGCCGGUCUGAGCGCCCCUCUCCUCAACCGCCUACACCACGCGUUCCCUUUGCGCGCGCUCGCACCCGCGCCCCGCGGCAGGGACGCGGCUUUUCCGAGGGUCCCGCGCCGCCCAGCGCCCCCCAGUGGCGAGCGGCUGGACCUCGCCACUCCUCGCUCGCACCUCACUCGCGCCCUCCCUUCCCGCUCUUCCUCUCGGCCUGUAUUUAACCCUCGGGCUCUUGGCCUCGCCGGGCGUGCUGGCAUCUCCCGCUUUGCCAGUCUCGCGUCUCCGCCGUCGCGUCUCCCUCCUGCGCCCCCUGCGCCUCCCAGCAGGCGCCGGCUCUCCCCUCCCUCCUCCUCCGGCUCUCGCGGACUCACUCGCACGGGAAGGAGGCGGCUGCACGCCUGGCCGUCUAAGCGGGCACAGCUCCGGCUGAGGGAGGACUUCACGGACGCAGGUUGGGUGGGUGCAGCGGCGAGAGCCACGGCGAGGGAGAUCUGGGGUAGCAUGGCCGGGAGAAGCGCCUUCCCCGCCGCCGCGCUCCGGCUCUGGAGCAUCCUCCCGUGCCUGCUGGUACUGCGGGCGGAGGUCGGGCAGCCGCGGGAGGAAAGCCUGUACCUGUGGAUCGAUGCUCACCAGGCAAGAGUGCUCAUAGGAUUUGAAGAAGAUAUCUUGAUUGUUUCAGAGGGGAAAAUGGCCCCUUUUACACAUGAUUUCAGAAAAGCACAACAGAGAAUGCCAGCCAUUCCUGUCAAUAUCCAUUCCAUGAAUUUUACCUGGCAAGCUGCAGGGCAGGCAGAGUACUUCUAUGAAUUCCUGUCCUUACGCUCCCUGGAUAAAGGCAUCAUGGCAGACCCAACUGUCAAUGUCCCUCUGCUGGGAACAGUGCCUCACAAGGCAUCAGUUGUUCAGGUUGGUUUCCCAUGUCUUGGAAAACAAGAUGGAGUGGCAGCUUUUGAAGUGAAUGUGAUUGUAAUGAAUUCUGAAGGCAACACCAUCCUACAGACACCUCAAAAUGCUAUCUUCUUUAAAACAUGUCAACAAGCCGAAUGCCCAGGAGGGUGCCGAAAUGGAGGCUUUUGUAAUGAAAGACGCAUCUGUGAGUGUCCUGAUGGAUUCUAUGGCCCUCACUGCGAGAAAGCCCUUUGCACACCACGGUGUAUGAACGGCGGGCUCUGUGUCACUCCUGGGUUCUGCAUCUGCCCACCUGGAUUCUAUGGAGUCAAUUGUGAUAAAGCAAACUGCUCAACUACCUGCUUUAAUGGAGGGACCUGUUUCUACCCUGGAAAGUGUAUUUGCCCUCCAGGACUAGAGGGGGAACAGUGUGAAAUCAGCAAAUGCCCGCAACCCUGCCGAAAUGGAGGUAAAUGCAUUGGUAAAAGCAAAUGUAAGUGCUCCAAGGGUUACCAAGGAGACCUCUGUUCAAAGCCUGUCUGUGAGCCUGGCUGCGGUACACAUGGAACUUGCCAUGAACCCAACAAAUGUCAGUGUCAAGAAGGCUGGCAUGGAAGACACUGCAAUAAAAGGUACGGAGCCAGCCUCAUGCAUGCCCUGAGGCCAGCAGGCGCCCGGCUCAGGCAGCACACGCCUUCACUUAAAAAGGCCGAGGGGAGGCAGGAUCCACCUGAAUCCAAUUACAUCUGGUGAACUCCGACAUCUGAAACGUUUUAAGUUACACCAAGUUCAUAGCCUUUGUUAACCUUUCAUGUGUUGAAUGUUCAAAUAAUGUUCAUUACAGUUAAGAAAACUGGCCUGAAUUUUAUUAGCUUCAUUAUAAAUCACUGAGCUGAUAUUUACUCUUCCUUUUAAGUUUUCUAAGUACGUCUGUAGAGUGAUGGCAUAGAUUUUCUUGUUUCAGUGUUUUGGGACAGAUUUGAUGUUAUGUCAGUGGAUCAGGUUAAAACUGUGUCUUUUCAGUUGUGUAGCUGGCAAAUUACUUCCAAAAUUGCAAUGCAUUCACGGUGUCAAGGGGCUGGGGAACACUGAAGAAGAUACGUGGAACAAAAAGGCAUAAAUCACAGCGUUUGGAUGAAGCACUUAAUUGUGUUGAAGUUACCACAUUUCUAGUGUUCUUGUCAGGUAUUUAGACAUUUGUCACAUUUUUAAAAUUCCCCUUGUUUGUAAACUCUCAACACAAUAUAUUUUGACCUUACCAUGAUUCCAGAGAAUUCACUAGAAAGAAAGAAAGAAAGAAAGAAAGAAAGAAAGAAAGAAAGAAGGAAGGAAAUAAAGAGAAGAAAGAACACUGUGGCAGUGGCAUUUAACAAUAUAAUAUAUGUAAACACAAUAAAAUAGGGAAUAUAAUGUAUGGACUUUUGGCAUUGGCUUGAAGCAAUAUAAUAUAUUGUAAACAAAACACAGCUCUUACGUAAUAAACAUUUUGUACUGUUUGUAUAAAAUAAAGGUGCUGCUUUAGUUUUCAGAGGGUUGUAUGGAGUGGUC